AUAAAUAAUCAAAUAUUGUAAAAAUAAUUUCAGUAGGUAAUCGAUCAAACCAUGUUGUUGAUUCAAUGCUUGUUGUAGCCCCAUGUUAAAAAUAAUCUGUUGAAAAAGUGUUAUAUUGACUUAUCUAUAAACAAAUAACACGUGGAAAGUCUUGUUAAAAGGAAAGAAAAACAAGCGUGUGUGAUACUUGUGUUAGAGAGAAAAAGCGGAUUUUGGGCUUUGAAAGUCCAUCUUAGGGGUGUGAGUAUGGAAUAAAUAUAACACAAACAUCCACACCCUCAAUGUUUUAACUGAGUUAAUACAAAUCGAGGAUCUUAUUGAAUCAGCUGCAGUUCAUACUGGAAAUCUCUUUGUUGUAAACUUUUUUAAUUCGAAGUGAACAUACGAGAAGAAUACUUUAUGAAAAGAGUAUUCGAAAUUUCUAAUAUCUAUUUUGUCAUUCGUCAAUAUUCCGCGACCGAAGAAACUGAUUUUUAUUUAUAUUCUCUAUCUAUGCAAUAGUUAAUUUAAAAAAGUAUAUUCAUGACUAAUUUUCAUAUUUAUUCAAAAAAAAAUCAAUUUUAUCACCAACAAUACAAUUUUCGAUUAAUAAUUUUUAGAAUAUAAACACGAAGAGAUUUUUUCGAUUGAAUUAAAUUUUUCAAGAUUAUUAUCAGAUCAUUACUUUGUUUUAAAAUACACAAUGAAGAUAAAUAGCGAGUAUUGUUAUUAGAUUUUGACAAUAAAAACCAUCUUGAAGGUGGGUGUGGAUGUGAGGUGGGGUGUGGAUGUCUCUUAUCGAUCUAGAUCCAGGCCCACACCCACCCAUCGAAUGUAUUGAACUUUAUUUCAGAUCAAAUAUUUAAGUGGUUAAAAUCGAUUAGAAAUAAAUUUUUCUUUACAUGGGUAGUUCUUCUUCUCAUUUUAGAUUUUUAUCCAAUUGUUCUCAAUUAUAUUUUUAUUUUCUUUUGAAUAAAAGCAGAGAUACAAAGAGAGACUUUAUUCAAACGAACAGUUCCUAUCGACCAACUAUAUACUUUUCUUGAAGUAUUUGAAUGUUUUUCCAUGUAAUUAUGAAAAAAUUGCUUUCCCUAUUAAUUUGUUUAUGUAUAGAAUGAUGUCAUUAUUAGAUUUUUGAAAAAUAAAAUAUUGAUUAAUUGAAUUUGAUAACUAUCGAUUCUUAACAAAACAAUAGAGAAUAGUUUAAGAAGUGUUGGGGAUAUUGAAAUGAAACAUAAGUUUUGUUUUAACAUCGUACCUUCCCCAACCUUUAUAUAGUUGUCAUGUCGAACAUAUGAUCGACUUUUAGCUAUAAUAGAAAACAUUACUCUGAGUAUUAUUUAUCUAGGACAGCAAGUGUACGACAGAAAAGAACGAUUCUCAUCCUUGAUUGAAAAACUAAUUUGAAUCAAAGAUAUUCAUCGUGUUUGAAAACUCGUCGCUGACAGAUUGUACAGAAUAUUAGACAAUUGAUCUGCGUUUUGCGACUUUGAUUAUGUCUGAACAGAACUUUUCAUAAAAAUACUUAUUACGCAUAGAGAAAUAAAGAACGUGAUUUAAAGUGAGUCCUGACAAAGCAGAUUAUUUAACAAAUUCAAAUAAAAAAAUAUCAAACUAUUCAUGACUUAUUCAUUGGCGUCAAUCAUUUAUUGACGAUGAUAGUUGAUAUCUUAUUUUGAGUUAAAACACGUCCGAUGAUUAAUGCAGAUUUUGAUCAAUUCUCUUUUAUAUUUGUCACGUUCUUCGUCAUUAAAAUCAAAGAUUUUCUAUAAAAUCAAAAAAAAACAAGAUAAGGAUCAUCUCAAAUUUAAAUCCAUUUUGUGUUUUAGAAUUUCGAAAAGAAUGUAAUUCAACGAAAAAUAUCAAAUGAAAUCAUGAAUUUUGUUCAUUAAUCUAAUCUAUGAUCAAUUUUUUAUCUUACCAACGACGAAACCUUCUCUACAACACUAUUUUUUCUCUUUGUGUGUUGUGUUGAAAGAAAUGAAUGAGAGAAAUAAAACAGAGAUAUAUAACUGAAGAGAAAAUCUACAACGAGUGUCAUUUUGUUUCAUCGAAGACAAAGAAGAAGAAGAUUAUUGUAUUAGUUCACUAAUUUAUCAAAAAAAAACUCUUGUUGAAUGAUGUGGAAUAUCUACUUAUUUAUCAUUAUUCUUCUGUUCGUUCUCAACAAUAAAACAUCAGGUAGAUACUUUUAUUUGUCACAUACUUAAGAUCAGCUAUUACACAAAAAUGACAUUAUUCGCUAGAGUUUUAGUUGAACGAAAGGUAGUGAAAUAACAUGAUUAUAGAAUUUGACAGGAAUUUCUGUUAUAUAUUCAAGAGUGAUGGUUCUCAUAUCUUCCAGACUUCAACCUAACUCAUACAGAGAAUGCGCCUCUUUUGAGGGGUGGGUGCGGGUGUGGGUGUGGGUGUGGGUGUGGUGAGUGCGGGUACUAUCUUUCUCACUCUUACUCACACUCUCACCCACCCACAGUCUCACUCACUCUCUCAUCUACACCCACGCCCUAGAUUCAAUUGAAAUGAUUUCACAUCAAUAAAUGCACAACGUUUUUCAUACGAAAAUCAGAAUCGAUGUUGAAUUUCAAAGAUAUUUUGUUUAAAUAUCAAUCAAUUUCAAUAAACUCAUUUUCAUUCUAAACAAUUCUUUUUCUUCUUCCUUUGAAAUCAUUUUCGUUGAGCAUAUAAAAAAACUUUUUUUGAUUAUUUUUUGUCUUCAAUGAUAAUUAAACCUUUUUAAGAAUCCGACAUAAUUAUUUUUCUUUUACAACAAAAAAAAAAAUAAAUAAAGUUGAUCUUCUUCGAUAAAUUCAUCCUUCUCUUAGUUCAUAUUUAUAAAUCAUCUGGGAAAAUAGAACAACAAUCAUAAAAAAUCUUUUCAAAAUUAAUUCUGAUGAAUUUUUCAAAGAAAAAUAUAAACUAAUAAUUUCAUUUCAUUUAAAGUUCUUUUCUAAUAUUCUUUCUAUUUCUCUCGUUUUAGCUGUUUCAUUCAAUCAACCGAAGUUUUCUUCAACACCCAUUUGGAAUUCUAAUGGAAUCAUCUUCGCUAAUCGAUCGAUUGUUGGUGCAAAACCUCGCGCCAUUUUUGUGAGUCCAAACAACACAAUUUAUGUCGCUAAUCAACAAAAUAAUACAAUUCUAAUAUGGCAUGAAGAGAGUGUCAAUCCAACAAAGAUCAUUACCGGUAAUUUUACAAAAUCUUCGUCUCUCUUCGUAACAUCAAAUGGUGAUAUUUAUAUUGAUGAUGGCCAGGAGAAUGGUCGAGUACAGAAAUGGAUAGUAGCAACAAAUACCUUUGUCACGGUGAUGAAUGUCUCUUCACGAUGUGAAGGUAUGUUUGUCGAUAUCAAUGAUACUCUUUAUUGUUCAAUGUUUGAUCAUAGUCAAAUAGUGAAAAGAUCAUUAAAUGAUCGUGUGAUGACUUCAAAUCUUGUUACCGCUGGAACAGGUAGUCCAGGAUCAGCCUGGAAUGAACUCAAUCGUCCUUGUGGAAUCUUUGUCGAUGUGAAUUUAGAUUUAUAUGUGGCAGAUUGUGGAAAUCAUCGAGUUCAGUUAUUUCAAUCGGGAGAAUCAAACGGCAUCACAGUAGCUGGAAGUGAAUCACUGAAUCCAACAACUACGCUUUUUCUUCCAACUGGAAUUAUAUUAGAUGCUGACAAAUAUUUAUUCAUCGUGGAUCAAGGCAAUAGUCGCAUUGUUGGCUCAGACUUGAAUGGUUUUCGAUGUUUAGCUGGAUGUUAUGGAAUAGGUUCACAAUCCAAUCAAUUGCGAAAUCCAUAUAUUCUUAGUUUUGAUCGUUCCGGAAACAUGUUGGUUACUGAUUCAUUCAAUGAUCGAAUUCAAAAAUUUUUACCGGUGAAGAAUUCUCUUACUCUUUCAUUCAAUCAACCAAAGUUUUGUCCAGGAGCCAUUCGGAACUCUAAUGGAAUUACCUUUGCUAAUCGAUCAAUUGUUGGUGGUCAUCCUACCGCCAUUUUUAUAAGCCCAAACAACACAAUUUAUGUCGCUAAUCAACAAAAUAACACAAUUCUAAUAUGGCACGAAGAGAAUAUCAAUCCAACAAAGAUCAUCUCUGGUAAUUUUUCACAACCCGCUUCUCUCUUUGUGAUAUUAAAUGGUGAUAUUUAUAUUGAUGAUGGUGAUAAGAAUCACCAAGUGCAAAAAUGGAGUGCAGAAACAAAUAUCUUUGUCACGGUAAUGAAUGUCAACUCAUCGUGUUCUGGUUUGUUUGUCGAUAUCAAUGAUACUCUUUAUUGUUCAAUGCGUAAUCAUCAUCAAGUAGUGAAAAGAUCAUUGAAUGAUCAUGUGAUGACUUCAAAUCGUGUUGCUGCUGGAAAAGGUAUUAAAGGAUCAGCCUCGAAUCAACUCAAUAGUCCUGUUGGAAUCUUUGUUGAUGUAAAUUUGGAUUUAUAUGUGGCAGAUUGUGGAAAUCAUCGAAUUCAGUUGUUCCAAUCGGGAGAAUUAAACAGCAUCACAGUAGUUGGAAGUGGAUCAAUAAAUCCAACAGUUACAGUUGGUUGUCCUAGUGGAAUUAUAUUAGAUGCUGAGAAAAAUUUAUUCAUCGUGGAUCAAGAAAUGAGUCGUAUUGUUGGUUUUGGUUUGAAUGGUUUUCGAUGUUUAGUGGGAUGUUAUGGAGUGGGUUCAAAAAUCAAUCAAUUGUAUUAUCCAUCUGGUUUGAGUUUUGAUCGUUCCGGAAAUAUGUUUGUUACUGAUACAUCAAAUCAUCGAAUUCAAAAAUUUAAAUAUUUAAAAAGAUAUUGUGCCAAUACACUCUCUGUCGUCCAAAAGACCUAUUCAUCAUUAUUGACUAAUAACAAUCAAAUGUAUUACCGAGAUUGUCAGAAGGAAAAUUUUUAUUAUGAAUCUAUUCAAGUGAAGGUGAAUAAAAAUGGUUACUACAGUUUUCGUGGUAGUGGUGGCAUUGAUCCGUAUGGAUCUAUUUACAACAACAAAUUUAAUCCACUUGAUCCAUCAGAGAAUUUACUCGGUCAAGAUUAUGACGGUGGCUUUGAUAUUCAGUUUAAACUUAAUAUUCAUCUUAAUGUUGACAUGAUAUACGUAUUGGUUGUGACAACAUAUGAAUCAAAAGAAAUUGGAGAAUUUUCAAUCGACGUGUUAGGUGAAAAUGAAGUUUUUCUCGAUCGUCUCAGUACUUUAGUAAAUAUUCAAUUAAAAUAUUCAUCAAUAUUAACUGAAGAUAGUCCAACAUAUUAUCGAGAUUGUCAAGUACCGCAAUGUCAUUAUGAAGCUUUACAGAUUCAUGUUAAUACAACGGGUUUGUAUGUUCUUUGGAGUGAAAGUAAUAUUAAUGCACAUGGAUAUAUCUACAAAAAUGAUUUCAAUCCUCUAAAACCACCUGAAAAUUUACUCCUAUCACAUGGAGGUAAAUGUAAUGAUGGAGAGUUCAAGUUAAUCAUUGAUCUCCAGAUCAACACUCGAUACAUAUUAGUUGUGACAACACACGUUCCUAAGAAACUUGGAAACUUCUCUGUUUUUAUCUCUGGACCAAACAAUAUCAGUCUUAGUCUUUUUAGUAAGUAUUUAUAUGAUUUUUUCGAUAAUAAAUAUAUAAUGGCAUAAAACACGUAAAAAAUAUUUCUUGGACUCUUUUUGAUCAGUGAGGAAAUGUUAUAUUCGGUUUUGAAAAAACAUCUAUCUAGUUAUUGAAUUAAAUAGUUUUCAGAAUCUUUAGGUCUAUUGAUCUGUUAGAAAAGACAUCUGUUUAGCAUGAAUUGUAAAUAGAUGUUUCAUGUUUUGAAUGUUGCUACUUACAUUCUUCCAUAUCUUUACGGAUGUGUACUUUUCGAAGACUCAAAAUCGUGCAAAAGUAAAAGUAUCUUCCAUAAUUUUUUCUAUUUCUCAAAAUCAGUAGUGAAAGAUACAGAUUUUUCAAUAUAUUGAA